CAAAAUAAACUUACAUAUGAACAACAAAAACAAAUCCAAUAUCACAAUGACAAACAAAUAAAAACAUGUCCAACAAUUGAUUUUGAUCAAAUCAUGGAAGAAGAUCUUGAAAAUCAAUUGAAAGAAUUAGAACGAGAAGAAGAAGAAGAAGAAUACUUAUUAUUGGAAAGAUCACUUGAAGAACAAUUGAAACAAGAAGAAUCCAAUACGGAUAUCAACGAAUUCGAAGUAGAUUAUGUUAAGCAAUUAGAAUAUAUUGAAAUAUUACAAAAAUUUCAACAAAAUGAACAACAACAAUAUUUUUAA